CAAUAAUGUAAAAUAAUAGUAAUUAUGAUAUGAGGUUGCAGGUGCAAGGUAGCGGUUAUCCACAGAUAUCGGGGAUCGGCAAUUUGUGAAAGAAAGGCAUCAACAAAGGAGAAGAAAAAAAGAGCUAAUCUUGCUUUGGAAUUGAUCAAAUGGCACAGCACAAGAAGGGUUCAGCGGAAGCGGAAUUUUUCACCGAGUAUGGGGAAGGCAGCCGAUACGAGAUCCAAGAAGUGGUAGGAAAAGGAAGUUAUGGCGUGGUGGGGUCAGCCGUAGACACGAAAACGAAGGAAAAAGUUGCUAUCAAGAAGAUCAACGAUGUUUUCGAACACGUCUCCGACGCGACGCGUAUCCUCAGAGAAAUUAAACUCCUUCGCCUGCUUCGUCACCCAGAUAUCGUGGAGAUAAAACACAUCAUGCUCCCACCUUCACGUCGAGAAUUCAAAGACAUCUACGUUGUGUUUGAGCUGAUGGAAUCUGAUCUUCAUCAGGUGAUUAAGGCCAAUGAUGAUCUCACUCCUGAGCAUUACCAGUUCUUCCUCUACCAACUUCUUCGAGGCUUAAAAUAUAUCCAUACCGGUAUUCAUGUUUCUUUUUCCCGUCUUGUAGCUAACGUAUUUCACAGGGACUUAAAGCCCAAAAACAUUCUUGCCAAUGCUGAUUGCAAGCUGAAAAUAUGUGAUUUUGGCUUGGCUCGAGUGUCUUUCAAUGAUGCUCCAUCAGCUAUAUUUUGGACGGACUAUGUUGCGACUAGAUGGUAUCGUGCUCCAGAGCUUUGUGGGUCAUUUUUCUCUAAAUACACUCCAGCAAUCGAUAUUUGGAGCAUAGGAUGCAUAUUUGCUGAAAUGCUGUCUGGGAAACCACUGUUUCCUGGGAAGAACGUGGUGCAUCAGUUGGAUCUCAUGACCGACUUGCUUGGAACCCCUCCGGUCGAAUCGAUUUCACGGAUUCGAAAUGAAAAGGCAAGAAGAUACCUCAGUAGUAUGCGGAAGAAGCAACCAGUUCCCUUCACUCAAAAGUUCCCCAAUACAGAUCCUCUAGCACUCAGCUUGUUAGAACGUUUACUUGCUUUUGAUCCUAAAGAUCGCCCCACUGCUGAAGAGGCAUUGGCUGAUCCUUACUUCAACGGUUUGUCGAAUGUGGAUCGUGAACCCUCUAGUCAAACAAUCUCGAAGCUAGAGUUUGAGUUCGAGAGGAGGAAAAUUACCAAGGACGAUGUCCGAGAGCUCAUCUAUAGAGAGAUUUUAGAGUACCAUCCCCAGAUGUUGCAAGAGUAUCUUAAAGGUGGAGAACAAACUAGUUUCAUGUAUCCUAGUGGCGUUGAUCGAUUUAAGCGACAGUUUGCUCACCUUGAAGAGCAUUAUGGUAAUGGUAAAGGUGAACGAAGCUCGCCUCUACAGAGGCAACAUGCUUCAUUGCCAAGGGAGCGAGUUCCUUUGCCGAAAGAUGAACAAGGACAAGAGGAGAAUGAUUUCGAGAAACGGACAGCAGAAUCUGUCGCCACCACACUCAAUAGCCCUCCGGAAGGAAAUGCAAUCUCCGGAAAAUCCAAUGCUCCCAACAAAGCUAACCAACCCACCAGAAGUCUGUUGAAGAGUGCCAGUAUUAGUGCUUCCAAGUGUAUUGGUGUCAAGCCCAAAACAGAGGUACAGGAGGAUGUUAUUAUGGAAGCCAGCGAUGAAACUGUUAAUGAGUUGGCUGGCAAGGUUGCUGCUCUCCACAACACUUGAGUUAAUCAUCAUCAACGAUAUUCAAAAUUUUGGAAUAAUUGACUUAUCUAAAGGUGUGCUUUUUGAAUUGAUUUUAUCGUAUACAAAAAUAAUUAGAAUCUUUGUAUUCUUGUUGUAAUUAUUUCAUUUUUGUUUCUGAUUCUUUUGUAUAUCUUUUUAUUUUUAUUUUUUUCAACACUUCAAUUUCUUGGAUUCUGAACGAACUGAGAUACUAUUGUACUAUUGAAUUGCAUGCGCUUGUAUUAUUUUCAAAGGCAAGUGGCAGGAAUGGAUUCUUGAUUCUACUAUAAUUCAAGUACUAGUAGUAGUCAGAUAUUUCUAUUAAGA